AGCCGGCGGCGGUUGCCAUGGAGACAGCGGCGGAUGACGGGAGGCCCGGCCUGUAGUGACGCCGCCUCCUCCUUCUCCUCCUCCCAGCGCCGGAUCCCGGAGCCGCCUGACCCCCUCUCCUCCUCCCCGGUAACACCGAGGCCCGGACAUGCGGCCUGACCACCGGCCGUGCAGGAGCGGAGCCUCCCCGGAGGAGUGACACCCCCGGCCCGGGAUCAGCCGCACCGCCAGACCGCAGGGUGGGGGAGGCCGGAGGCCGCAGCAGUCAUGGCCGGCAACUGCAACAACUUCAGCCCGGGCACCGGGGAGAUCAUCCAGCUCAAUGUGGGGGGCACCAGAUUCAGCACAUCAAGACAAACCCUUAUGUGGAUCCCAGACUCUUUCUUCUCUAGCCUCCUGAGUGGAAGGAUUUCAACGCUUCGGGAUGAAACUGGAGCAAUAUUUAUCGAUCGCGAUCCGACUGCGUUUGCACCCAUACUGAAUUUUCUUCGAACAAAGGAACUGGACUUAAGAGGAGUCAGUCUGAAUGUUCUACGUCAUGAAGCUGAAUUCUAUGGAAUUACUCCGCUGGUAAGAAGACUCCUGUUAUGUGAGGAGCUGGAGCGCUCAUCGUGUGGCAGUGUGCUGUUCCAUGGCUAUUUACCUCCUCCAGCUAUUCCCAGCAGGAAGUUGACCUGCGGAGCUUCUUCAUCUACAGAGUGUAAGGUGACCCCAAGGCCAUGUGAGGUAUUGACCCAGGGGGGCGCUGCACAGCCGACACUCGCUGAAGUAGAAGGAAUUGUGAAACUUGGAAUCCCAGUGGAUCCCAGGAAAGUACUAAUAGUAGCAGGCCAUCACAACUGGAUUGUCGCUGCCUAUGCUCAUUUUGUGGUUUGCUACAGAAUAAAGGAGUCAUCUGGCUGGCAGCAGGUUUUCUCAAGCCCCUAUCUGGACUGGACAAUUGAAAGGGUGGCCCUUAAUGCAAAAGUUGUGGGAGGUCCCCAUGGUGACAAAGACAAGAUGGUGGCCAUUGCCUCGGAAUGCAGCAUCAUCCUUUGGAGCAUACAGGAUGGAAGUAGUGGAAAUGAAAUAGGUGUGUUCAAUCUCGGAGUGCCAGUGGAUGCGCUGUUCUUUAUUGGUAACCAGUUGGUGGCUACAAGCCAUACGGGAAAGGUUGGAGUGUGGAACGCUGUCACUCAGCACUGGCAGGUACAAGAUGUUGUUCCUAUAACCAGUUAUGACACGGCUGGAUCAUUUCUUCUCCUGGGAUGUAACAACGGAUCAAUCUAUUAUAUAGACAUGCAGAAAUUUCCAUUACGGAUGAAGGACAAUGAUCUUCUGGUAACAGAGUUGUACCAUGAUCCCUCCAAUGAUGCCAUCACUGCCCUGAGUGUCUACCUCACCCCUAAAACAAGUGUCAGCGGAAACUGGAUAGAGAUCGCGUACGGCACAAGUUCUGGAGCGGUCAGGGUGAUCGUGCAGCAUCCAGAGACCGUCGGCUCCGGCCCGCAGCUCUUCCAGACAUUCACUGUCCACAGGAGCCCGGUCACUAAGAUCAUGUUGUCAGAGAAACACCUAGUGUCUGUUUGUGCUGACAAUAACCAUGUCCGAACCUGGACAGUAACUCGCUUCAGAGGAAUGAUCUCUACCCAGCCGGGGUCUACUCCUCUCGCCUCCUUUAAAAUCCUGUCCCUGGAGGAGACCGAGAGCCAUGGCAGCUAUUCUUCAGGCAAUGAUAUAGGGCCUUUUGGAGAACGAGAUGACCAGCAAGUCUUUAUCCAGAAGGUGGUUCCUAUAACUAAUAAAUUGUUUGUUCGGCUUUCUUCAACUGGAAAAAGAAUCUGUGAAAUCCAAGCAGUCGACUGCACGACCAUCACGUGUUUUACCGUCCGGGAAUGUGAAGGAUCCAGCCGCAUGGGCUCCAGGCCCCGGCGCUAUCUCUUUACCGGACACUCGAAUGGAAGUAUCCAGAUGUGGGACCUGACUACUGCAAUGGAUAUGGUGACAAAGACAGAGGAUAAAGAUGUUGGAGGCCCAACAGAGGAAGAACUGCUAAAGCUACUAGACCAAUGUGACCUGAGUGCUUCCCGCUGCGCCACUCCUAAUAUCAGCCCAGCCACCUCUGUGAUUUACCAAAGUCGUCUACGUGAUUCAAGCUCCAGUUUACAACUUCAUCAUGAGACGAUACACGAAGCUCCGACGUAUGGCUCACUGAGGCCUUUCCGUGAGAGCCCCUUGUUGGCGCGAGCUCGGCGCACAGAAAGCUUCCACAGUUACCGAGAUUUUCAGGCCUUCGCCUUUAACAAAAAUAACAUUGAAAGGGCUAACCCGGAAAAUGGGACUUUCCUCUCGAAAAAUGAGACCCGACAAAGUGAUCAAGAAAACUCCUUCCCCGAUAAGAAACCCACAGCAGCUCCAAAACCAGCCAAGUCCCCGGAGAGCGCCGGUGAGUGCAGCCGCAAACCUGAGAACGCUGACGUCAGGAGGAGGAUUGUAGAAGAAGAAAGUGAACCCAAGUCUGAAGUGAAAAAGAAAAGUGGAUUCGAAGGAGCAUUUCUCAGCAGGCGGAAAGUUUCCCAAGUACCUCACUUAAGCUCCUCACCGGGUGACGCCGGAAACGAGUCAUCUGGUACUGCCUCCCCGUCUCCUACAAAGUCCUCCACUUCACCACGGCGUAAAAAAAGUGACUCCUCGUGCCAGGACUAUGCAAUAUAAUACGAUCCUCAGUGAUCUGGUCUUGCUGCACUAGUGGGUUCUACAUUGACUACUAAACUCCACCCAAAGUGUAUAAAGAGACUAGAGAGGAGUCACAAGGUGCUAUUCUCCUUGCGACAUUGACUUCUCGGCAACUACACAAACCAGGACUGGCAAAUUUUGGGUCCAUUGAGUGACUCACAAUGACUCUAGUGUCCUAUCCUGAUAUAAGGUUCUAUUUACAAGGUUUAUAUAAUUCGUCUGUAUACGCACACAUGAUAUUUCCAGCAUUACUUGGUCCCUGAUGCUCCACAGUUUUACAUACUGGUGUGCUUGUUUACAUACAUUACGUCAAUGGAUGAGGCAUGUUUAUAUAGAAGUCUAUCAGUGGAUGCAUUAUAACUCUUGUCCCAGUAACCAAUAUCCCAAGAGAAAUACGAUCAAUAGAGAAAUUGAGCAAAACGUGCAAAAUUCACAAAUUUCCUAAUACAACCUGUGUAUGGUUUCAAAAAGUAUAAUAAAGUAACUUACGAAUAUAAAGAUAUCAGCCAUAGUGCAGAUAUCUUUUCUAUCAGCUAUCCCGCCCCCUGUAAGCUGUGACGUCAAGUCACAGGCUCAGAAAGCAAGCCUGCUCCGUUCCCCCCCCCCCCCCCCUUUACCCUCCAUCCCUCUUCCCUUCCUAUCUGCACAGGACGAGAACGAUUAUUUAAAGGUGGAGGCUGAUAUUACUGCUCACCAGAUUUAUGACUCCUUGGAAAAGGCAGCUCCCUGCUGUCGUUCUCAGUCCUAGUAGUUUACGACAGAACAGGCUGCCUGCUGCCUUUUCUAAUGAGUCAUAAAUCUAAUGAGCAGUGAUACCAGCUCCCCCCUUCACAUAACUGGUUUCAUCCUUAGCAGACAGGAGGGGAAGAGGGAGCAAGGACAGGUAUUUUAUACAUUAAGAGACUGUCAUGUGACAUCACAGCUUACAAGCCAGACAGCACAGUUAAUAUGGAAGAUUUAUGGCUAAUAAGAUUUAGUUGGUUUAUUAUACUUUUUGACACCACACGCAAGUUGUUUCUUUCGCUGGACAACCCUGUUAAAGGGUUUCUCCGGUGCUUA